UCCUUCCAGGAGACUGGCAGAGGCAAGACUAUAUUCCCAAAGUUUCUGAGAAUACAGUAGAAAACAGGAAUUUACCUAAAGAAAAAUGACACAGAGACUCUUUGCAAAACUAGAUGCUCUGGAGCAAUCUUCACGUGAGAGCUUGGCCAAGUAUGCCAGAAUUGAAUGUCGGGGGCUUGGGAAAUUACAGUUAAAGCCAUAUGUGUCAACCCCAUUGACAUUUGAAUUUAAGGAGGAUUAUGAAUUACCCAGUGCUAGAAGAUCAAUUAUUUCCGGGCCCAAAUCUUCCCCACAGCUUGCAGAAGAUGAACAGAUCUUCACUCAUCUGAAAACAAGGUCUGAAUCACCCAGACUGAUGAUUAGGAAGAACCAUACUGGCAAAUCGACUAUCAGGCCAUUUAGUGCUCCAGACAACCUGCAAGCCAAGCCCUGCUAUCAGCAAGAGGACCUACACACUUUAAAGGAAGGUUUUAUUACAUUAAAGCUAAGCCAAAAAGUAAAACCUGUUAGUUUUAGAGCCAAAGUUCACAGAAGACCAAAAUGGAAGACAGAGGUUGAAAGGGUUCAGAAGCUAGAAGUCCUCUGUCAGCAAGAAAAUGAAGCCUAUUUAGCAUCUGCCCUUGAUCACAAAGAUACUUCUCACUGGUGCUCUUCUAGGAGUGCCACCAGUCAGAAUGAGGAGAUACUUGCACCAGCUACAACAGGAGACAAGUUAGGACAAUACAGCACUUAUGGUGAAUCUGGCAAAACUGUUGCUCAACAGCUAGAAAGAGACAAUAAAAUCUGUGUCUGUGUCAAUGGGCUUUUAUCAUCAGAUGAUCAGAAGGCAGGAAAUGAAGCUCUUCUGAAGGAAAGUGCUUUUAAUCAAGGAAGUGUGAAGAGUAACUUGCAGUCAAAAAAAUGUAAUUCAGAAGAAAAGAAAAACCUCAUUUCCUUGAGCAUUGAGGAUGAAAUGGAAAAGCCUGGUGCCAAAAUAAUCCAUGCUGGAUCAUCAAAGGCAAAAUGUGCCAGUCCAGUGAAAGCGAGUGAAACAUACCCCAUAACUUACUCUGAAGAGAGAUAUAUGCAGAAGUUUAUUUUGAAUAGGUGGCCAUGUGUAUGUAGAGGUAAAGUCUCUUAUGACUUAGAAAAUGAAAAUAGCGAAGCAUGUACCAACUUCAACCCAGUGUUACAGAACAACUAUGAUUACGCCCUUGCCUUAAAUGGAGAAAAAGAAGAAAGUCUUCAAAAUGUAACUGUAAAGAAAAAUAAAAAGCUAAACAGAACAUUGUCUGCAAAAAAGAAAGUCAGCGUUCAUAUUUUAUCUUCAGAUGGAAAAACCAAAAUAUUAAUAAAUUCACAGAAAGAAAAAACUUUUGUGGAGAAAAUAGUUCAGAGCUUUUUUUAUGCUGAAGCACCAGCCAGUAAAUUCACAUCAAAAGAGAGGAACAUUUCAACAACAAAGGCUGAAUGCGAUGGAAAUGACCUUCUUGUACAUGGAGUGAAUCCAAAAUUAGCAGUAUUCUAUGAAAGUUUUUCUACACAAGAGAUUCCAGUAGCAGUCUCUAAAUGUUGCUGGUUUUAUGGAAAGCCACUAAGUACCAUUUCACACACACAGAAGAAAGGUAGGUUGGCCCAGUCAUCACAACUGAGUUAUAUAUCCAUAGCAAAACCCAUUGAAAUACUUCCAUGUGCAGAUGUCACAUCACAGUCAGCUCACAACAUCUCAAUGCAAUGUGAUGGUUUGGAAAACAAACACGUUAUUCAGUCCAGCUCUUAUUUUAUGGAAGAACCUCUGCCAAGUCAGAACAAAGUAGGAAUCUUUGGAGAAUGUUCCCAGCCAGCAUCAUCCUUCAAGGAAGAAACACCAACUGAUAUAAAGCUAAAUAAGCAGCAGCAUUGCUUGGAAGGUAAAAAGGAUUGUGAUGCUUCUUCAGGAGUUUCGCACACCGACAGAUUGUUGACAUCAAAAGGUUUGCAGAAAGAACCAAAUGAGGACACUAACCCCCAGAGACAAGUAGAACUACCUGAAUGCCCACUGUCACUACCUGCUCUUUUCACUAGCCAUCCAGUUAUCAGUAUACCAACAGCCCAGUGUGAUACCUAA